AUUCGUCAAGAUGGCCAAGUCCAAGAACGCGUCCCAGCACCACCGCAGCCAGAAGGCUCACCGUAACGGUAUCAAGAAGCCCAAGACCAACCGUUACCCCUCCCUCCGUGGUGUUGACGCUAAGUUCCGCCGCAACCACCGUCACGCCCUGCACGGUACCGCCAAGGCCCUGAAAGAGCGCAAGGAGGGAAAGCGUGAGAACGCUUAAAUGUUCGUCGGAAUGG